AUGGCUCAGAUACCAGCAACCCAAACCGCAGCCGUGGUCCCACCCACCGGUGCAACCCUCGACACGCGUCUCGAGAUCAAGAAUGAUCGGCCGGUCCCGUUCCCCGCAGCAGGUGAAUUGCUCGUUAAGCUCGAAUUCUCAGGCGUUUGUCACUCGGAUGUGCAUAGUGUGCGGGGCGAAACGCCUAUGUUGACGGAUGUUGCGGGCCAUGAGGGGGUCGGGACGGUUGUGAAAGUUGGCGAGGGUGUAGAUGGGGAGGUUUGGAGGGGAAAGAGGGUUGGGAUCAGAUGGCUCUACAGCUCAUGUCUAGAGUGUGAGAUCUGCGAGAGGAAUAAUACGGCUUGUCCUUACCAGAAGAAUUCUGGUGCUAAUGUGCCGGGUACAUUUCAACAAUACAUCACCAGUCCAGCUGUGCAUGUCACGAAGAUCCCCUCGGAGCUGUCACCGGCUGAAGCUGCGCCGCUGCUAUGCGCCGGAAUCGCUAUGUACUCAUCUAUCAUGAAAACAAAGACACGGCCAGGAGACUGGAUCGUCCUUCCAGGUGCAGGAGGAGGGCUAGGGCAUAUGGGCGUUCAAAUUGCAGUUAAGAAAGGCCUGAAGGUCAUCGCCAUUGACACCGGCGGCAAGAAACGCGAGCUCUGUCUGAGUCUCGGAGCUACAACAUUCCUUGACUACAAGACCGACGAUGUGGAAAGCGCCGUCAAAAAGCUAACAUCCGGCCUCGGCGCCCAUGCCGUGAUUUGCACGGCGAACGGCGAAGGAGCAUACGAGCAGAGCAUGCGGCUUCUUCGCCGCCUAGGCGUUCUCGUCUGCGUUGGGAUUCCGAACGUUCCGUUCAGAUUGCCGGCGACGCCGUUUGAUAUGAUUGUUAAAGGUCUAACAAUCGUCGGAAACUCCGCCGGUACGGCGCAGGAGAUGGAUGAGUUGAUGGAGAUGGCGCUUGCGGGGGAUGUCAAGGCGCACAUUGAAUGUUUUGAAUUUGAUCAGAUUGAUGAUGUUAUUCAGCGACUGGGGAGGUCAGAGAUUGAUGGAAGAGCUGUUAUGCGGAUUCCGGAGUGA